ACAUAUAGGCAAAUGGAGCAAACCUAUGGAGAGGUGAACCAGUUAGGCGGCGUGUUCGUCAAUGGGCGACCCCUGCCCAACGCCAUACGGCUAAGAAUCGUGGAGCUGGCUCAGCUCGGGAUCAGACCCUGCGAUAUAAGCCGGCAACUCCGAGUCUCCCACGGCUGCGUGAGCAAGAUCUUAGCGAGGUACAACGAGACGGGCUCCAUCUUACCCGGUGCCAUCGGUGGAAGCAAACCGCGGGUCACGACGCCUAACGUGGUGAAAAAUAUCAGGGAAUACAAACAAAACGACCCCGGGAUCUUUGCCUGGGAGAUCCGGGACAGGCUUUUGGCAGAUGGAGUUUGUGACAAGUACAAUGUCCCGUCGGUGAGUUCGAUCAGCAGGAUUUUACGCAACAAGAUUGGAAAUCUCUCCCAGCCCAACCAGUACGAGAGCAGUAAGCAAGCCUCCGCGCAGGCCGGGCUCUCCUACAACCACAUAUACCCUUAUUCCUACCCCAACACCAUGUCGCCCAAAAUGAGCAGCCCGCCUGGAGUACCGGUGACGGCUGGACAUAUGAGCAUAUCCAGGGCCUGGCCUUCCGCGCACACCGUCAGCAACAUCCUCGGCAUACGAGCCUUCAUGGAUCCCGCAGCCAUUGCUGGGACGGAGGGAUAUCCACCAAAAAUGGAGGAGUGGAGUAGCGUCAACAGAGCAGCUUUCCCAGCGGCUCACACGGUCAACGGGAUUGACAAAUCAGCCAUUGACGCCGACAUAAAAUACGCCCAGCCUUCCUCGACAUUGUCCAGUUAUGUCUCGGCGUGUGCUUACUCUCCCACCAACCAGUACGGGGUGUACAGCGGGUCAGCGGGCGGCUACGUGGCCCCGGGCCACCACCAUUGGCAGCCACAGAGCCCGGCCCUCUCCCACCCGGGUGGCGGGAUGGGCAUGCACGCGGGGGAGAUCCACUCGCCGAUGGCCUUCAAGCACCAGCAGGCCCGAGAAGGAGACAGAAAACCGCCCAGUCCUCUGAGCAAGCAGCAGCAGCAGCAGCAGCAGCAGCACGAAGACUUGAACAGUGUACAUGGACUCAGUCUCCCUACCUCAUCGUCGUAACCGGGACUUAUACCAUCAUAGUU